AUGGGCCAGUCGUAUGCACUGUGCUCGACCAAUGGAAAACAAAUCCAUCUGGUCGAUGAGCAAAAUUCCCGAGUGGAGUGCUUGGUGGUACACGGCUCAUAUAUACAAGACGUUGGAGACUUAGAGAAGGCUUUUACCAAUCUACUAUGCGAAACCUGGGUACAUCAUUGUGCCGGGAAUAUCCUGGUGUUUUACAGCCCGCAAGAUUCUCAUGCGCACAUUCUUGAGUACGGCGCUAGCAGACUUAUCCCUCUCGAGCAAGGUCAAACUAUCAAGGAGGUCGUCACGUCUGUCAGAGAUUACAUAGUAUCGGAUCCUGAUAUUUUUAAUAACAAGUCGAAAGUAGUGCAGGGAUGGGGAUGGGACCAUACUGUGUGGCCCGAAGGCCGUUGGCCGAAUGCCGAUGAUUUGGAUGCAGACCCUAUCGUCCACGGGCGGCCCGUAAUUUUGCAAAGCAAGGACGGACAUGCAAUCUGGGUCUCUCGAGCCACUUUGAAUGACAAUGGUCCUUAUCCCGAACAUGUUGAGGGCGGCGUGAUUGAGACAGAUUCAGAUGGAAAUCCCAAUGGAGUGUUCCUUGACAAUGCACAAGAUCUCAUUCAUAAACCUGAAGCCACUGACGCUGACCUUAAUGGGCUUUUUACUAUCACUGUUCGAGAUGCUCUCGCUAGUGGAUUAACUUCAAUUCACGACUGCAGCACUUGCUCCACAGUCUUUAGCAUUCUUCAAAAGAUUCGAAUCUAUGGGAUGACUUAUUUUAAUGAAAGCGGCGAGUAUUGGGGAGAUCGUAUCGCCCCAUUGGUUAACGCCGGGAAUGGACGGCUUCACUGCAGAAGCGUGAAGAUGUUCGCUGAUGGCGCUCUCAGAACUGGAGGUGCCGCACUUUAUGAACCGUAUACUGACAAUCCUAGCACGAAUGGUGUUAUGCGAAUGCCGCCUGAAUUGAUCAACAGAGUUAUUCCCCGAUUUCUUCAAGACGGAUGGCAAGUCGUGCGCGAUCGUGCCAACGGCAUUGUUUUAGACGCCUUUGAGAAAGCGUUAUCUGAUGUCGACGUUGCUACUCUACGGCCACGGUUGGAACACGGCCAGCUGCUAACUGAAGCCGACAUGAAGCGAGUAGGAGAACUGGGAGUUAUUGCCAGUGUGCAGCCAACGCAUGUUAUCGACGAUAUGUGGUACGCUGAGGAGCGCCUGGGGCCGGAGCGCGUCAAAGGACUGUACGCGUUUCGCAGUCUUCUCGACAACAAGGCAAAAAUUACGUUGGGUUCAGACGCCCCAGUGGAAGGCAUAAAUCCUUUAGCAGGUUUCUACGCCGCCAUCACGCGUCUCUCAGCAGAUGGAACAUCACCUCACGGACCUGAUGGCUGGUUCCCAAAACAGCGUUUAACCAGACGGGAAGCGCUCAGAGGGAUGACUAUCGACCCUGCUUAUGCCUCUUUUACCGAAACGACUUUAGGUUCACUGGUGCCCGGGAAAAGAGCUGACUUUGUAAUUCUUUCUCAAGAUAUCAUGUCUGUGGCGGUGGAUAAGAUCCUGGAGACCAAAGUAGUGGCGACGCUCGGAUAUGUUUAUACCUACCGGAACGUGUGCAUCCGCCUGGGUUUCGGUUUCGGCACCCUGGGGGAUGCAUCGGCCUCCGGUAACAACAUCGAUUCUUAG